AUGACCUUUGUGGGACUGAAGCAGGAGAACUCGAACGUAAUGCCCAUCAUAUUGAGCGUGCAGCAACAGCAUCACAACCAUGCUCUUGUAUCUACCGUAAGACCCAUGCAAAACCAUCGUAGCAAUGUAAUUGUCUCGACUAAUAGUAUGUCGAACAAUGAUAUGAAAAGCUUACAGUUGCACGCAUGUAAGAAAUCGAAAAUAUAUGGGCAAACAACGGGAGCUUAUGGGACUGUCCCUCAUCAACCGGCUUCCGUGGCGAGACGUAACGCGCGUGAAAGGAAUCGCGUUAAACAGGUGAAUAACGGAUUUGCCACUCUAAGGCAACAUAUACCUCAAAACAUCGCUCAAGCCUUAGGUGGUAGCACAGCUGGGACACACGGUGGUUCCAGAGCAGGUAGCAAAAAAUUAUCCAAAGUUGAAACCCUCAGAAUGGCGGUAGAAUACAUAAGAGGUCUUCAACGUCUUUUAGAAGAGAGUGACAAUGGUUCGGACGUUUCCUCAUCGGUCAUUACCCCGUCACAAACCACAAUACCGACGUCACCUAACACGUGUAUUUCUACCAAUGGACUCAAUACCGAUUCCAAUCAUCACGCCCCCGAACUCAGAUUAUGUGGUAAUGAAGUGCAACAUCACGCUAAUCCCUCUUCACUUACCCCAGAUCUUCACAAUUUUCAUCAUCCAAUCGGGCAAAACAAUAAUUCGGUUUACGUACCAGCAUCCUGUUCGGAAUCAUCGAGUUCACCUACGCCGAGUUCAUCGGCCAGUAGUAAAAGUUACGGAACGUCCUCGGGUGAUCCUUACGCAUCUCAAUACGAAGAUUACAAUUACGGCGAGGAUAUGAGGACCAACGAGGCCCUUCUAGAAAUCAUAUGUAAAUGGCAGGAAAGCUAA